AGAUACCCAAUGGAGGUGUUUAUUUAAGUGGUGUCAUGUCUCUGGCACAUACCAACAACAGGGUUUGUCUGAGCUGCCUGUUUUGUGAGAGGCACACAACACCUCAGACAAGCAUAGAGACCACGGGGGGAACAGAAAUAGGCUACGGAAGGAUCAGUGGGGCUUCCUCUUUUUCUACAUUUUCUCAGUGCAUGUGAUUGGGGCCAGCCAUGAGUAAACAGGCAACUCUGGCCACCUGCAUUGCCAAGUUGUAUGAAGGCGGCAGACUGGAGAGCUCUGGAACUCCAUCUGGGACGGUCAAGAAGACGAGUCCAACUCUGAUAGGUAGCCUGAGCAAUGUGGAGGUCAAGUUAAACACCCUGGAAGGAAAGGUGGAACAGAUCGAGCACACCCAGAUGGAGGUCCUUCACAAGCUGAGUUCAUUGUGCCAAGGAAUGGAGGCACUAGAAAGGAGCCUUAUGCAGCACAAGCAGGGUGCUCAAGAAUCAAAUGUGAUUAAAAAUGGUCAGCGAGAGAGCAACAAUCUUCCUUUGCUGACCGAGGUCAGAUCGCUUUGCGGUGAAACUGUGGAUCUGCUUCAUAACCUCAAGCACGAGAACCAGCAGCAGAGAAAGAAGAUUGAAUGCAUGGAAAGUUCUUUGUCCACUCUGGAGAAAGUAUUAGGGUAUGUGGGGAAUGCUUUCCGUAACUCAAAGAUAGUGGAGUUCAUCCUCAAUGGUGUGGUGCCUUGGAGGAAACAAGGCCUUCUGGACACAGUGGAGGAAGAGAAAAACAAGCCAGAUGACAACAGCAUUAAACCAAACAACAGUUUCUGCCACCAGAGCACACAGACUUCAGAGGAGGUCAAAGAAGUCAUUUCAGCUGAGACUGAACUCCAGCAGCCAGAGGUCACUGUUCCCACUAGUCCCAGCAACCUACCUUCUCCUCAAGCCCCUACAGGAGAAAGCGAACCUCUGAUACCUGUUAGUACAGGAGAAAGCUCCAAAGCCUUAAGGAAAGCCAAGGAAGUCACUGUGAAAAGCAGAGCACCUGAACAGGUCCAGACAUUUGCUCCUGAAGUCCAACUGGAGGCUGAGGACAAUGAAGUGCAUUAUGUACCCAAACAAGAGACAGAUAUCUCAGCCGCCGCGCCAGCUAAUGCCGAAUGUGUCACUGUGACAACUAAAGUGGAAAAAGAUUUGGCUCUUCAGCAAGAGAGGGUUCUUGAACAGGCAGACGCUUCACAGGUUGGUGUGAAGACUUUACUCAAGUCAGUAGUUCUUGAACAGCAAGUGGAGCCAAAGGUUGAGGUUCCUCAAAAACAGGCUGAGGUUUCACAAGUUGGUGACGAGGCCUCUUUGAAACCAUCAGUUCCUGGACAACAGCAACUAGAGAAGCAUGUUCCUCACAAACCUCUGCUCUGCACCAAAGAGCCUGCUGACAAGGAUGCAGACGUCAAGUCACAACAUCAAGACACAGUGGAGAGGGUAACACCUGUGCCAAAACAUGAUGAGAGAAAGACGGAAUCUGAACCAGUUGACAAGAAAAAUGAAAAUGAAACUAUUGAGACCAUUUUGGAGUCUGACCUAAUAAAGAACUGUGCUGCUACUAGUCCACAAAUAACAGCCAUUGUUGAGGAAAGAACAGCAAAAUCAUCACCUUUUAGAAAAGCUGUGUCACAGCUACUGAUCAUUGAUGACAGUCCAUCUCUUCCAGCCCCGUUUGAGCAUCGCAUCGUCAGCGCCAAGCAGGUUCCCAUGAACGCAUAUUACGCCGUCAACCCCAAUGAGGUGCUAGGCGGAGGCCGUUUUGGACAGGUACACAAGUGUGCUGAAUUGUCGUCAGGUCUUACGCUGGCUGCUAAGAUUAUAAAAGUCCGGGGAAUGAAAGAGCGGGAUGAAGUGAAGAAUGAGAUUGGAGUAAUGAACCAGUUAAACCAUGCGAAUUUGAUUCAGCUGUAUGAUGCUUUUGAGUCUCGAACAAAUCUCACACUCAUUAUGGAAUAUGUGGAGGGUGGUGAAUUGUUUGACCGUAUCAUUGAUGAGAAUUACCACCUGACGGAGCUGGAUGCCAUCGUGUUUACCAGGCAGAUUUGUGAGGGGGUUCAGUACCUUCACCAGCAGUACAUUCUCCAUUUAGAUCUUAAGCCAGAAAAUAUCUUAUGUGUGAACAGCACAGGGAAUCAGAUCAAGAUCAUUGACUUUGGACUCGCCAGAAAGUAUAGACCCAGAGAAAAGCUGAAGGUCAACUUUGGAACCCCAGAGUUUCUGGCACCAGAAGUUGUCAACUAUGACUUUGUGUCAUUUCCUACAGACAUGUGGAGUGUUGGUGUCAUCACAUACAUGCUUCUGAGUGGUCUUUCUCCCUUCAUGGGCGACAACGACACAGAAACAAUGAACAACAUUCUGCACGCCAACUGGGACUUUGAUACAGAGGCAUUUGAGAAUGUGUCAGAAGAAGCCAAAGACUUCAUAUCCAGCCUUCUUGUGCCCGCCAAAUGCAGCCGUAUGAGUGCAUCAGGGUGCAUGAAGCAUAGUUGGCUAAAUAACCUGGAGGACAAGGCCAAGAUGUACAAAGUUCGGCUAAAGUCUCAGAUGAGGCUUCAGCGUUACCUCGCUGCUCACCGUCAGUGGAAGAAACAUUUCUAUGCGGUUGCUGCAGCAAACAGGUUGAAGAGGUUUCAGCAGAGCAGAUCAGUUAGUACUCCGAAUUAGCUAUUAACCUGCAGUGUCAGUAGCCUGAGAGGACAUCACAACGUUACAUCGCACACUGGAA